AAGACAACCACGUAAGAACCUAAGUUUGACAUCCUAGUUAUUGAAGCAGUAAUAGUUGGCACCUUGUUUUGUUGGAAACAUAAUUAAUUUUCUCAACUCUCACGCUGAAACCCUUCUGAAUUCUGAUUCACCUUCUUCUUUCUCUUUCUCCUCAGAAUCUAAUCACUCCUCAACUUUCUCUCGAUUUUCACUUUUCUGUCUUCAAUCCUACUUUCACUAUGAUAAUAAUACCAAUUAUUAGGUUUAACCACAAACCCCUUUUGCAUCUUUCUCUUCUAAUUUUGGUACUGUUUUCUUCUUCCAUUGAAUCCCUUAGAUUCGAACUCCAAUCUGGUCACACCAAAUGCAUCUCCGAAGACAUCAAGAGCAACUCCAUGACAGUUGGCAAGUACACAGUCAUCAAUCCUAACGAGGGUUACCCUUUACCCGAUUCUCAUAGAUUCACUGUUCGGGUAACUUCGUCUCAUGGGAACAACUUUCACUAUGGAGAUCGUGUUCAAUCGGGUCAGUUUGCAUUUGUUGCAGCAGAAAGUGGAGACUACAUGACUUGUUUCUGGGCUGUGGAUAACAAACCACCUGUAACGUUGACUAUUGAUUUGGAAUGGAAGACUGGUGUGGCAGCUAAAGAUUGGUCUAAUGUUGCUAAGAAAGGCCAAGUUGAUGUAAUGGAAUUAGAGAUAAAGAAGUUACAAGAUACUGUUGCUUCCAUUCAUGAUGAGAUGUUUUAUCUUCGUGAAAGAGAAGAAGAAAUGCAGGAGCUCAACAGAACAACUGACUCCAGAAUGUUCUGGUUGAGUUUGCUUUCACUCUUCGUCUGCUUAUCAGUGGCAGGGUUGCAACUAUGGCACUUGAAGUCCUUCUUCGAGAAAAAGAAACUAAUUUAAAAUUGUGAUAGUUUUUUUUCCCCCCCUUUUGUGCUCUUGUAAAAUAUACAUGCAUUAAUUUAUCCAGAGGAUACACAUAAUGGUAGUCAGUUUAUCUCAGAACACUCCCUUUGUGAAAUGCAAAUCAGGUAUUACAAGAUGAGUUUCAAAGGAAUUGAUGUACCGCAAUACGAGGGUUAGACAAGAUGGUGGUCUGGUGAAAUUGCAAUUCAGCUAAGCAUUUAUGUUCAAUUGUUCAUAACCACCUCCUAUCUAUUGAGAUUUGACAUUUGAGACAAUGAUAGAUUACCAGAAAAUAUCAUUUACUUUCCUAUCUUUUAUUUUAUCCUUUACUUAUUUCACUUACCAGGUGUGAGAACAUAAUUUUUCAUCUGAAAAUGAAUCGAGUUAGUUUUUAAGCUAGCUACGGCUUGUUUUAUUGAUGGAUUAAUAGUUACAUAGGAAUAGUAGUGCUUUUGUUUGAAGUUGAGCUGAAAAUAACUCAAUAGAAUUUGGUAUUAUAUUUAA